UCCGUUUGUUUCGAUGUCCAAGUCAGCGACUCGUCUUUUUGUGUGUGUGUGUGUGUGUUUGUAAAUCAGUCAGUGACUCGUCAGUCAUCACUCAUCAGCUAGCGCCGUCCCUUCCUUCACUGCUGCUGCUGUUCCUGCAAGCCGUGCGAGGCGCCGCCAUGGAGCAAACCCCGUUGAUUCCUCGUGUCAGGCUCGGCACCCAGGGACUGCAGGUGAAUUUUAUUCUCUUGCCUUCUUCUCCCCCGAUUCAAUCAUCUGAUAAUUCGCGUCUGCUGCGUGCUGAAUCGAUCGAAACGAAUGAUCCGACGGAAAUCGAUCAGGUGUCGAAGCUGGGGUUCGGGUGCAUGGGCCUGACGGGCGCGUACAACACCCCGCUGGACGACGACGCCGGCGUGGCCGUCAUCGCGCACGCCUUCCGCCGCGGCGUCACCUUCUUCGACACCUCCGACGUCUACGGGCCCCACGCCAACGAGAUCCUCCUCGGCAAGGCGCUGAAGCAGCUGCCGCGGGAGCAGGUGCAGGUGGCCACCAAGUUCGGGAUCCAGCGGGACGCCGCCGCCGGCAAGAGCACCGUGUGCGGCCGGCCGGAGUACGUGCGCGCCUGCUGCGAGGCCAGCCUGCGCCGCCUCGGCCUCGACCACAUCGACCUCUACUACCAGCACCGCGUCGACACCACCAUCCCCAUCGAGGACACGAUCGGCGAGCUGAAGAAGCUGGUGGAGGAGGGGAGGGUCAAGUACAUCGGGCUAUCGGAGGCGAGCCCGGACACCAUCAGGCGCGCCCACGCCGUGCACCCCAUCACCGCCGUGCAGAUGGAGUGGUCUCUCUGGGCUCGCGACAUCGAGCCCCAGAUCGUGCCGCUCUGCAGAGAAUUGGGGAUUGGAAUCGUUCCGUACAGCCCCAUUGCCCGUGGGUUCUUUGGCGGAAGAGGAGUCACACAGCAAGUGUCUGCUGAAUCUAGUCUGAAAGGGCAUCCACGGUUUUCUGCUGAGAAUCUGGAGAAGAACAAGCUUCUUUAUCUGAAAAUGGAACAGCUAGCCGAGAAGCACCGGUGCAGCCCUGCUCAGCUAGCUCUAGCUUGGGUCCUGCAUCAAGGGGAUGAUGUGGUUCCGAUACCAGGGACAACUAAGAUCAAGAAUCUAGACUCCAACAUCGACUCCUUGAAGGUGAAGCUCACAGAAGAUGAUCUGAAAGAAAUUAGCAGCCAGAUACGCGAAGAGGAUGUGGCUGGUGGAAGGCAGUAUACUUCCUUUGCGCAUACCACCUGGAAUUAUGCAGACACACCAAAGAAGUAAAAGUACAAGAGAUUCCAGAGACACUGAUCGGUGAGGAUAAAACGGCUGUGCCAUUCUAUUUGAUGUGCUGAAUGGUGCUGCAUGUAUCUUGCGAAUGUCAUGUGCUAAAUAAUGUACUAGUAGGGUCAACAAUAAUUGCAAUCUCUUCAGAAACCAUGUAACGGAUGUGCUUGAGCAAAGAGUUCAUUUCUGACUGUGCUCCUAUGACAAAAGGCUGAGAGUAUGUGCUAUUGCUAUCUAGAGCAGUUUUCUGCGACA